GCCCCCCGCUAGCGUACCGGGUUACGACGGUCCGUUGGUCGACGACAGCGGCGCGUGUGCGAUCGCUUUGUGCUGAAACGCAACGUUGAAGCAGCUGCUGCAUCGGUCCGUACUAUCGAUGUGCGGUGCGGUAGAGGGAAACUGAAUGUUAGCAUAAUCAUCGUUGUCGUCGUAUAAUCAUCGCCGGGUGCGCGUAGAUUUUCCGUCGAAUUUUUUUUUUUAUUGUUCCCCGCUAUUUCGUUCACUUUCUCACUCGUUCUCUCUCUCUCUCACCGUCUGUACGCAGUUUGCAAUCGCUCUCUCUCACUCUCUCUCUUUCUCUUGCGCGCGCGCGCUCAUACGCACCGUGUUCGUUCCUUUGCUCUUUCCGUUCUCCCCCUCGCGCGUUCCGCUCCGGCGUAACAAUAAUUUUCCCGUCGCCGUCCGCAGACCGCUCUUAGACACAGGCGUAGAUUUCGCCCGUCUCGUGAUCGUUUUCAUCCGCCUCACGUAUGCGGAUUUCGCGCAACAAUAACAAUAUCGGUCGCAACACGCUACUACCGGUCCGUUCGUGACACUUGCCGUUGAUGACCGCUAACAGCAGACCAGCGAUCAAGACGUCUCGCUCGACUCGGAGCAGGUAGGCGUACGCGUAGUUGUAGCUGCGACCUAUUGUGCCGUCACCGCCGCCGCCACUUAUUCGACCAGUUGUCGCGUAUUGACCCGUCGUCGAGCGCGCGCUGCCACCGCACGAUAACCAUCUGAUUAUAAGUAGUGUGAUAAUUAUAGUUUACUGCAAUAACACUACACGGUGUAGUUGGAUUUCCCACUCUAUCUAACUGCUCACCCGUCUUACGAUGGCUGCUGAGAGGGAAAUUGCUGCUGAAGACAGCAUCAAAGUCGUGUGUCGUUUCCGUCCGUUGAAUGAUUCAGAAGAAAAAGCUGGCUCCAAGUUUGUAGUAAAAUUUCCGACAGGACCUGACGAAAAUUGCAUCACCAUUGGUGGCAAAGUUUACUUAUUUGAUAAAGUUUUUAAGCCAAAUGCCAGUCAAGAUAAAGUUUAUGGUGAUGCUGCAAAAUCAAUUGUAUCCGAUGUUCUUGCGGGUUACAAUGGAACUAUUUUUGCAUAUGGUCAAACUUCUUCUGGUAAAACACAUACUAUGGAAGGGGUUAUUGGUGAUCCAUCCAAACAAGGGAUUAUUCCUCGGAUUGUUAAUGAUAUAUUUAACCAUAUAUAUGCAAUGGAAGAAAAUUUAGAGUUCCAUAUAAAGGUGUCUUAUUUUGAAAUCUAUAUGGACAAGAUUCGUGAUUUAUUAGAUGUUUCAAAAGUAAAUUUAAGUGUUCAUGAAGAUAAAAAUCGAGUUCCUUUUGUAAAAGGUGCUACUGAACGUUUUGUUUCUAGUCCUGAAGAAGUAUUUGCUGUGAUUGAAGAAGGCAAAGCAAACAGACAUAUAGCUGUUACAAACAUGAACGAGCAUAGUUCUAGAAGUCACAGUGUAUUUUUAAUAAAUGUGAAACAGGAGAAUUUGGAAAACGAAAAAAAAUUAUCAGGAAAACUUUAUCUUGUAGAUUUAGCUGGAAGUGAAAAAGUUAGUAAAACUGGUGCAGAAGGAACAGUGUUAGAUGAAGCUAAAAAUAUUAACAAAUCAUUAUCAGCUUUGGGUAAUGUAAUAUCUGCUCUUGCUGAGGAUAAAAAAACACAUAUACCAUAUCGAGACUCAAAAUUAACACGUAUAUUACAAGAAUCAUUGGGUGGAAAUGCUCGCACAACAAUCAUAAUUUGUUGUUCUCCUGCCUCAUUUAAUGAAUCUGAAACAAAAUCAACUUUAGAUUUUGGUCGAAGAGCAAAAACAAUUAAGAAUGUUAUUACUGUGAAUGAAGAAUUAACAGCAGAAGAAUGGAAAAGACGUUAUGAAAAAGAAAAAGAAAAAUGUACUCGUUAUAAGGCUAAGUGUGAUAAAUUACAAUCUGAGCUUAAUCGCUGGAGGUUAGGAGAAACCGUAAAAGAAGAUGAACAAGUAAAUCUUCAAGAACCUAUGGAGGCAUCAACACCAAAUGUUCAAAUAGAUAUUAAAAAAGAAUUGGUUGGUCCAGUACCUGCUAUACCAGGUGGUGUAAUGACUGAAUCUAUGUCGACCGAAGAAAGACAAAAACUUGAAGAAGAACGUGAAACUCUGUAUCAACAAUUAGAUGAUAAAGACGAAGAAAUCAAUCAGCAGAGUCAAGAUAUUGAAAAAUUAAAAGAACAAAUAAUGGAACAAGAAGAACUACUUACUUCUACCCAACGAGACUAUGAGCAGUUACAACAAGAAAUGCAUAGAAUUACUCAAGAAAAUGAAAGUGCAAAAGAAGAAGUAAAAGAAGUACUUCAAGCUCUUGAAGAACUUGCGGUAAAUUAUGAUCAAAAGAGUCAGGAAGUUGAUUUGAAGAAUAAAGAAAAUGAAACUCUUGUUGAAGAACUAUCACAAAAAGAGUCUUCAUUAAACUCCACAUCAUCUGAAUUGCAACAACUAAGAGAUAUGUCUGUACAUCAAAAGAAACGCACUACAGAUAUGUUGUCUAAUCUUCUUAAAGAUAUGGCUGAGAUUGGUGCAGCUAUUGGUAGUGAAGCUGAACUCAAUCAACACGCAAUUAGUGAUGGAAAUAGUAAGUUGGAUGAAGAAUUUACUGUUGCUAGGCUUUAUAUUAGUAAAAUGAAAUCAGAAGUAAAAAAUUUGGUUCAACGUUGCAAUUUCUUUGAACUUAGUCAAACCGAUAUGAAUAAAAAGGUUAAUGAUUAUGAAAAAGAACUUGCUGAGAGUCGAUUGAAAAUUUCACAAAAUGAAGCUCGACUUAAAUCUAUGCAAGAGUCUUUGAGAGAGUCAGAAAAUAAGAAAAGAACAUUGGAAGAAAAUAUUGAUACUUUAAGGGAAGAGUUCGCUAAAAUGAAAGCUGCAGAACAAGUUCAUAUAGUGUCAUCAUCAAAAGAAAAAGCUGAAGAAAAAGAAAAAGCAACUAGCAUGCGUGCAGCUCUUGAAACACAAAUGGAUCAAUUACGAGAUGUUCAUCAUAAACAAGUGGCAGAAUUAAGAGAUGAGAUUAGUGAAAAACAGGCUAUGAUUGCAGAACUUAAAGAUCAAGUCCAAAAGUAUUCAUUAGCACAACAACAAUUACAAACAGAUUAUAAUAAAUUAUUACAAGAAGAUCAAGAGAAAAGCCAACGUCUUCAAGAAUAUGUUUUGGCUAAUGAGCGUCGUGAACAAGCACGUAAAGAUCUCAAAGGCUUGGAAGAUACUGUUACCAAAGAACUACAAACAUUACAUAAUUUACGUAAAAUAUUUGUACAAGAUUUGCAAUCUCGCAUGAAAAAGUCAGCCACAGCAGAAGAUACAGAUGAAGCCAGCAGUGGUGGUACUUUAGCCCAAAGACAAAAAAUUAGUUUCCUGGAGAACAAUCUAGAUCAACUUACCAAAGUUCACAAGCAAUUGGUCAGAGAUAACGCAGACUUACGAUGUGAAUUACCCAAAUUAGAAAAAAGAUUACGCGCCACAAUGGAUCGUGUCAAGGCUCUUGAAGCAGCAUUAAAAGAUGCUAAAGAAGGUGCUAUGAGAGACAGGAAACGAUAUCAAUAUGAAGUAGAUCGUAUUAAGGAUGCAGUUAGGCAAAAGAAUUUGGCUCGAAGGGGUCCUAGUCCUCAAAUUGCCAAACCAAUUAGAGCUGGACAACAUAAUAUUAUUGCAAGCAAUCGCAUUAGUGAAGAUGAACUUAAGAAACGAAAAGCUGCUGUUAUACCUGAGAUUGCUGAAAGUAGUUAAAGAGCUUUACUAUUAUAAUUUAUUUGCUCUUGCCAAACAGUUAUGUGGUGGAAGUAUUUGAUACAAAUUGAAUUUAUAUUAUUUACAGAAAUAAUUCUUACUAUAAUAUUUUAGAAACUUAUUCAAUUAUUGCACCUUCUCUAAUAUUAAUUUAUAUUUACAUUAUAUGUAUGUAUGCGAGUGUAUCAAAUAUGCAGCAGACAUUUUCUCCUUGCACUUACAACUGAUAAGGUGGAUCUAGUGGCUUUUGGAGUAAAAAAUGGUGGUGCUGUUUAUCGUUCGCUUUCACAUUGUCUGUACUUAUAAAAAUCAAAAUAAUUUGGUUUUAUAAUUAUAUUUCACUCUCCACUACCAAAUUCUACUUGGCUUAUUUAUAUAUACAUAUUAGUGGAAAAUUA